UUACUAAAUUUUUAACAUUGUAUUUGAAUUUUUUGGGUAAUUUUAUAUUCUAUUGGAUAUUGCUAGUGUAAUAUUUUGAGAAUAGUCUGGAAGGUACAGAAGGAAGAGCGGACAGGCGCGACACUCUGGCGCCAGAAAGCUAUUUUUCACUUUGUAAAUGCAUUGUUUGGGAUUUACGCGUCACGUUGUACGCACAGCUAUAGCGACCGUCUGGAAGGGUCUCUGGAGGCUACCACUAGCCAGCCAAUCAGGGCAAGCCCUGGCGUCAAGUGAUGUGCCCGUACGAAUUUCCUUAUAUGGUCAUGUUUUGGAAUUAUGUACGCUGAUUGGUCAGUUGGCCCACGGGGUUGCCUCCCUUGUUUUCACCUUUACAAGGGAAGGUAAUCUCGUCGACCAAGUCACUUGUUGCUCGAUCGUCGCCGAACUCGGUCGCGUCGUCGGCAAGUCGCCAGACAAAUGAAAAAUUAUUAAGGGACAAUUUAACGCCUAGGGGCUGGGGCCACGCCGUAGUUUUUUAACCUAAGUUCAUUUUUUUUUUCGGACUAUGUAACUAGAAAUUUAGGCCCUAGGCGUCGGCAUCGGCCCGACUUCGUGUGAUUUCGGUCCGCGAUCAACGGUACCUUGAGUUAGGUAAUUAACCAAGGGACAUUACUAAGUUUUUUUUUUUUUUUUUUUUUUUUCAUCGGCGAGUGACAAGACUCCUCGACCAUCAACGGCAAUAUGUAUGGUGCUGUGGUAUGUAUUUGGACCUCAUCCUAUCAAAAUUCAAAGAUAUCGUUAAAAUUUGUAUAAGAAAAGACAAAAACUGUACAAGUAACGAAGUUUUUCUAAUUAAAUUCAUUUGUAAAAUUGUGUAUUGAGGCCAUGGAACAAUGAGAAAAAAAAACAUUUUUUUUUAAAGAAAUAAACAAAGAUAAUUUAAUAAACUCUUUUAUUUCCAAAUAACGUAGAACCAUAGUAAUGAAAAAUUCCUCAGGAACAUUGUUUGUCUUUGUUUUGUUACGUUUCUAUGUGUGCUUAGCCGGGCAAAAACAUACAACGUAACAACAUGGCUGCCCAGCCGCGGGGCACGAAUUUAGACACUGCCUGAUGAUAAAAAAGUAAACAUUCGGAAAAACAGUAAAAACUUAUCAAGUAAAAGCCAAUCAUGACUAAAUUAACUGUGGCAAAACCUUUUAGAACAUCGGCAAAAUUAUAACUUGUGAACGAGUGAUUCGUGUGUGGAUCGUGUGAUCUUCGCGUUAUACUUGUAAACAUCAACAAAUGAAAACGAGCGUGAGAAGCCAGCAUUCACCGUUUAACAGCGCGGGACAUCGUGGGAAAGGAAUGCGACGAGAACUACAUUUUAGAACAUCGUAGAACAGCGCUUCGCAGAACAUCAUGGGACACGAUUCCAGCAACAUAGAUCAUCUCGGUACUUCGCGGGACAACGAGGGAUGAAUCGCCGGAAACAGCAAGUCUAAAUGGGACAGAAACUUACAUUCUUAUGGUCUAAAUUUUGCAUUUGUGAUUAUCAUUGUUUAAAGUUUUUUUUUAAAUGUGUUUUUAUAAGGUUGUUUACGUUUUCUGGUCAUUUAUAAUAGUAAAACCAAAAGAAAAAUGAGUACAGACAGUCAGGAUGACCUUGCGGGUUUUCCUGAAACUUCAGGAAUGUCCGAUCCUAAUUUGAAUAUUGAAUUAGUGCAGGAGCAGUCGGAAAACAUGGAACAGCCUGCAAAUGGUAGUCCAGUAGAGGUUAUGGGGGGUCAGGUAUGUCUAAUCAAAUGUUAGAAAAAUUAAUGAUAAUGAUGGAUAACAUGUCACAAGAGAUGCAUAACAUGUCACAAGGUCAGACUGAAUUCAGGUAUAUAAUGGAACAAAAAUUAGAUGCCACUAAACAGGAACUUACACAAGAAAUUAUACAAGUAAGACAAGAACUAACAAAUACAGUUGAGAGCCGAUUUAAUGCACUUAAGAAUGAUCUUAAUGAACGAAUAUCUUCCUGUGUCUGCAAAGUAAAUAAUUGUGAAGUGCAGAUGGAGGAGGCACAGUCUAGGUUAAACACUUGUGAAAAUAUAGUGGGCCAAGUUCAGGAAAAUUUGACGCAAUCAGGUAAAACAGUUCAGGAACAUAGUAAUACAAUUUCAGAACUCGUACAACAUAAUGAAGGUAUACAAAACAAAAUCACCAAGAAUCAAGGGGAUAUCACAAAUUUGCAGUUAAAAGUAACUGAGAAUUCUCAAAAUAUCUAUUACAAUGAAAAGAAAAUUCGGGAAGUCAAGGAGAAUUUUGAGGCUAAUGUUGAACGAAUAUUUACAGAAAAUUCAAAAAUAAGUAACCAGUUAGAGAAUUUCAGGGAUGAUGUGGGUAGAGAGUGUUUACAAAAAUUGGAGGAAAAGUUGAGUAAGAUUAGAGGGGAUGGACAGGGUAAUAUUAGAAGUUCAGUUUUAACUGUAGACGAAGUAAACACUUUCGGAAAAACAGUGCCUAAAUUUUUUGGGGAUGAUCGAGGGGCUACUCCAAUACAAUUUAUAACCAAAUGUGAGAAGGUAUUUAGCUAUCUUAGGGGUUCAGAUGAUCAACAGGUAGAAUUGUUUAUCACUAAAUUGGAUGGGGCUGCAUUGCAAUGGGCAAUGCAUAAGGAGAAUGAAUGGAAAACAUUUAAAGAGGCAAAGGUAGCAUUUUUGAACAAAUAUUGGGGUAUAUACGUUCAAGAUGAUUUCCUACAAUAUUUAUUUUCAGGAAAAAACAGAGCAAGAGACGGCCCCAUGGCCCCGUAUGUACAAAGAUUGUAUUUACAGUCAAAGUUUUUGAAUAAUCCAAUUACUGAUGAAAGAUUUAUUUCCCACAUUGUACACCAUUUUUACCAGCAAGUACAAAACUACAUUUUGGGGGCUAGGACUAAGAGUGUUGAAGAGGUCAUUGCAUUGCUUGAAACAUUGGACAGGAGGAACGAGCGAGAGGAAGGACUGAGGGGAAGGGAACCAGAGCUCCCAGGAAGGCAGCGAGGACCACCCAGGGAGAGAUUUCAUCCUCCAGAUGGCAUGCCGAGGGAACAGGUUCAGCGACCCCAUCGACAAGAGUUGCAAGGUAACGUACGGCCACAAUGGGAGGGACAGAGACCUCAGCAGGAACAUCCAACGGAAGAGAGGGUCAGGGAAAGACAGGAUAGACAGAGACAUGAUGAACAAGGGAAUGCGAGGAAUUUAAACUCUUAGAUAGGGAAGAUCUAGCCUCGGAUACUUUCCCUAUUCAUUUCGCAGAGGCAGGAGGGUCAUGCAAGGUGUUGAAAAAACAGGGCUGUAAUGAACCCACUAUUACACACGAAGGGAAGGAUCUUUUACAAAAUUGCAAUGAAUCCUCAAAAUUCAUUCAAGGCAAGUUGGGGUUAUGUCCAGUAAUACAGGCUGAAAUUGUCGGUACCGAAACAAAAGUUAAAUUAUUAAUUGAUUCAGGGAGUGAAGUAACCGCAAUGUCUGAAGAAUAUUUUAAUUCACUAGGAAGUAAAGCAGUGGAAGCAGUUGCAGUGCUACCAGUUUCAAAUAUCACGAUCAUAGGAGCAACUGGAGUAAGA